AUGACGAUCGCGGAGCACCGCGGCGGCGGCGGCGGCGGCGGGAGGAAGCGCAAGAGGGCGGGCUCCAAGAGAAAGCUCGUCGCCGGCGAUAGAGUAGAGAUAAGGAGCGAGGAGGACGGCCUUCUGGGUUCUUGGCACUCGGCGGUGGUCAUUGGAUGCGACGAUCUUAUACGAGAGGUUCGGUAUAAUCAUUUUUUAGAUGAUGAUGGCUCCGGUAAGCUCACCGAAGUUUUGCCCGUUUCCCCGCUCCUCGAUGGUUUAAAUCCUGGUGAUGUUGACCGGAACGGUCGUCGGGGUCAUAUAAGGCCUUUGCCUCCGGUUGUGGUAUUUGGUCCAUGGGACCUGCCUUAUGGAUGGUGCGUGGAUGCUUAUUACAACAACGCUUGGUGGGAAGGAGUGGUUUUUGACCAUGAGGAUGGCGCGGAGAAAAGGAAUGUUUUCUUCCCAGAUUUAGGGGAUGAACAGUCUACCGCGAUUGGGGACAUGCGCAUCACUCAGGAUUGGGACGAGAGUACGUGCCAUUGGCGGAGUCGUGGGUUCUGGUCAUUUCUUCAGGUCACGGAAGCCCUCGAGGAAGAGUGGCCCCUCCCUGUAUCUGUGAAGCAAAUUUGGUACGACUUGCGAGAGAAAGGGGGUCUUGACAUGACGAUGGGUUGGACUUCUCGCGAUGAAUCACUGUGGAAGAAGCUGGUGCUUGAAGUCAUUAAUGAAAAUCUUGAAAUAGUCUUAAGGGAUGUUUUACCCCUUUUGGACUCUGCGAGUGACCUAAUGGAAGAAGGCUGUCCCGUUUUCAAGUCACCAUCACUGGCUCUGAAUGUUCAAAUACUUCCCAACGGAGAUACUGAUGGUCCUUGUUGUACCCUGCCUGUUGAUGAGCCAUCAGUUGUGGAAAGAGCUGAUCAGGAUACUAAUGUGACCAAUAUGGUAAAUCACGUCUUAGAUAAUGUCGAUGAAACUGCUGCCGGAUUUCAUAGCUCAGGUUUCGGCAGUAAACCUGGUCAAGAGGUGCAUUCUUUCGUGGCACAUGGUGUGCCAAUCACAAAUACUUCUGAUGAACAAGAACUGUCUUGGGACACAAAAGGUCCUUCUACAUCACCGGAGGCUUUACCCCUGUUACCCUUUAAUCCGGAAAGGAUUUCUUGCAACAGUUCGCGAAUCGCUGCUAAAGCUUCUUCUACAAUGAACGCCAACCAAAACAGUAACCCUAUAUCCAAUUCAAUUUGCAGUAACUCUGGAAACUGGCUACCUCUUGGUCCUGAUUUGCUUCCAGGGGCUCAGUUCUGCCCUGAUGUUAUUGAUAAUUACGUGAAGGGAUGCGGACAUGGUUCAGCUUCUCUGGUAAUGGAUGUUAGAAAACAUCUUUCAUCUUUGGGGUGGGAAAUGCAGGGCAUGAGAAGAGGAGCUCAGUUCAGAGUGAGGUACUUGUCUCCUCAUGGGAAAUGUUACUAUUCUCUUCUGCGAGUCUGCCGGGAUUUAAUUGAGAAGAAUGGAGAGAUUUUAUUACUUACAUCUGAAGAUGCUGACAAGAGCAUGGUCACUUCACCUAAAGAUCUGACAUUUUAUUUACCUUCACAAGAUCAGAACAGUUGUGGCCAUAAUUCUGCUGUAGUAUUUGAUGUUCAACCUGUCUACUGUCCUCAAGCUGUUGUUGACUACUACAUGCUUCAAGUAGAGAAGGGUGGUCACAGCUACCAUGACAACGCAGCACGUGACCUGAGAGUGAAGGUCAAGAUGCACCUUUCAGCAGUUGGAUGGACGUUCCGUUGGGUGUAUAAGGCAGGAAAAUUACAGAGGCAGUAUGUUUCGCCCAGUGGAUGUGGUUAUUUUUCACUUCGAAUAGCCUGCAAACGUUGCAUAGAUGAUAAUGGGCUCCAAAGUGCAAACAACAGCAAGCAAAUGGAGGGGGAGUCACUGAGCAACAAACUUCCAUAUGUAGCAGGCAAUCUCAACAUUCAGAAAACCUUGGUGCCAGAAAACGCCCUUUCUGAAAUGUUGCGUGAUGAAAAUACUAGCCGAUCAGCGUUGGGAAAACUUCGUAAUCUCAGUGUUGUUAAUUCUAAAGGUAGUAAAAGAUUGCGAUCGAAGAAAGAUCUAGUAAUGCAUUCUGAAUCUCAAACUAGUAGUAGCUUAGAACGAGUCAGUUCAAAUGUUAUGACAGAGGGAUCGACGGGGUGUUCUGGUUCUUUGUCCGAGUCAGGAGAUGACUUAGAAACUACUCGGCCAUCUCCCACUCUAGUAUCGAGAAAGAGAGUUCGGCAUAUGGUUCCCCAGUUCUCACAGCAUCACCCAAAAACUAUAUUGUCCUGGUUGAUGGACAACAAUGUACUGUUGCCAAGAGAAAAAGUAUUUUACCGCCGCAGGAGGCAUUCCAGUAAUUUGGCAAAUGGGCAUCUACGACGUGAUGGGAUCAACUGUAGUUGCUGUGGCAAUGUUUUUACUUUAAAUGGUUUUGUUAAUCAUGCUGGAGGUGCCAACAUUACCAACAUGAAGCCAGCUGCCACAAUUUUUCUAGGAGAUGGCAGGUCUCUGUUAGACUGCCAGCUACAGGCAUUUCAUGCUAAAGGCAUGAGUCGCAUCAUGAGACAAACAAGAAGGACAAGGACCAGUCGUCUUCAUGGCAUCCUCAAUGAUUACAUAUGCUCCGUCUGUCAUUACGGGGGUGAACUGAUAUUAUGCGAUGGGUGCCCAUCCUCUUUUCAUAAGGGUUGCCUUGGUCUAAAGGACAUACCAGACGGGGACUGGUUUUGCCCCUCAUGUUGCUGUGCAAUUUGCAACCAAUGCAAGUCCAGAGAAGAUGCUGGUUGUUCUGUGGAUGACCAUGUUUUACGUUGUGACCAAUGCGAGCGUAAAUAUCACAUUGGAUGCCUAAGGACAAGAGAGGUAACUAAAUUGGAAAGGGAUCAUAAGAUGAACUGGUUUUGUAGCAAAAUGUGUGAAAAGGUAUCUGCAGGUCUGUCCAAGCUCUUAGAAAAGCCAAGAAGAUUGGGAACUGAUAACUUGACCUGGACAUUGUUAAAAUGUGUAAAGCCUGAUCAUAAUGGUGUCAAUUUUCUUGAUACUGAGGCUGCUGCAGAAAAUUACGCCAGGCUAAAUCUUGCUCUUGAUGUGAUGCAUGAAUGCUUUGAGCCCGUUAAAGAGCCUUACACUAGUAGUGAUCUCAUGGAGGAUCUUAUUUUUAACAGGAGAUCAGAGUUGAAUCGUGUAAACUUCCAAGGAUUUUAUACAGUACUUCUUGAAAAAGAUGAUGAGUUGAUCACUGUGGCAACCAUAAGGAUCUACGGUGGAAAAGUGGCUGAAGUGCCUUUGGUUGGGACGAGGUUACAGUACCGUCGGCUUGGAAUGUGUCGCAUUUUGAUGGAUGAGCUUGAAAAGAAUCUGAAGGAACUGGGAGUGGAAAUGCUGGUUCUACCUGCUGUUUCUAGUGUGCUAAACACGUGGAUCACUUCGUUUGGAUUCAAGAAGAUGACAGAUGAUGAAAAUUACAGUUUCUGUUACAACUUCUUGGAUUUCCAGGGAACAGUCAUGUGUCAGAAACGUUUAGCUGAUAUCACAUUGGCAGAAUCAAACUUACCCAGAGGGAGCUGGCAUACUUUUGAAGAUGAUGCGAACCAUCAGCUUGAUGAAGUUGAUCUGGUGGGUUCCAGUGCUGUCUUCGAUAUUCUUCGAGAAGAUACCACUGAGGGUAGUGAGACUGUCGCUGAAGGCCUGUUGAGUUCUGCUGUUGGCGCUGUUGUUGAUCAUUCUGGAAGCUCCAGCUGGGAAAAUUUUUUAUUGUUGGAUAAUUUCGAUGGCAAAGAGUGUGGUGUUGAAGCCAGUUCUAUACUGUCCAAUCAGAAUGCAUUGGAAGUAGAAAGUGGAGGGUACAGUGAUGGAGGAUUGAAGUGUUACCAGAGAAGGAAAAAAUUGCAAAGCAGUAGCUGA